AUGAAUGAUUCAGGUGCAUCUGAACAGACUGGCUUGGGACUUAUCACCGUUCCGAGAGACGAACCUGAGGCUUCGGAGGGAAGGAAUGCUGAUGAACUCAUCGCCCAAUUGAUGCAACAAAUGGCCAACAUGCAAAGUGAAAUUGAGCGACUUCGAAAUCUCACCAACCUGUCCAUUACCCUCAACACUCCUCCUCAUGAACAGAGAACAACGGAAGCUCAACCUUUCACUACCCCAUUGCAAGCCACGCAACAUCCAGAGGCUGAUCCUUAUGAGGAGAUGGAAAGGGAAGCUAGGGCAAAAGCGGACGAGAAUGUUGCAAAGGAGAUUCGUAGUCUGAAGGAAGCAUUUAGAAGCAUCCAAACCCACAAGGGAUGUGAAGGACUUGAAUACGAGGAUCUGUGUAUUCAUCCCGAUAUUGAGUUGCCUGCUGGAUAUAAGGUGCCAAAAUUUGAUAUGUUUGAUGGAAAAGGAAAUCCUCGGGCUCAUUUGAGAUCGUACUGUGAUAAGCUUGUUGGAGUAGGGAAAGAUCAAGCCAUUAGGAUGAAGCUGUUUAUAAGGAGCUUGACAGGAGAAGCACUUGAUUGGUACACAUGCCAAGAUCCGCAGAAAUGGCGUAGUUGGGGAGAGAUGGCGCAAGAAUUCAUGGAUAGGUUCAGGUUUAACACUGAGACUGUCCCAGAUAGAUUCUAUUUGAUGAAGUUAGAAAGGAAGUCAACAGAAACUUUCAGAGAGUAUGCUAUGCGGUGGAGAGCAGAAGUUGCAAAGGUCCAACCCUCGAUGGCGGAAAGUGAGAUGACGACGCUCUUUGUACAAUCUCUAAAAGAUGCAACAUACUAUUAA